AUGCCUUUCCGGCUGGAGUUUGAGGUGAAGACUGAGUCUGGUGCGGCGAUCGCCUUGGCAGAAGACAAGACAGACGAGUCCCUCUUUGCCGAAAUAAGAAUCGGAGGUGACUGGAAUAGAAAGGUUCUCGUAAGACCCUGCUAUUACCUUACGUGUCCCCAUAUCCUUGCUGAACACAUCGAGGCAGGUCUGGUUGACGCAAAUGAAUACCGCCCCUUCUGGAUCGACUACAAAGGGGGCGUGGACAAGGUCGGUAAAGGAGGACAGGAGGAGGCUUUUUUGGAGUGGGACGCCGGUGCAUAUCAUCAGCGAGUAGCAACUCAAGUGCACGUUGCUUGCUCUUUCUCUACCGUGGCUGCAAACCCACACACGUUCAAGUUCAUCCUGAAGCCACUCAGCAUACCUUUCCGGUUGGACUUCACUGUGAAGACUGAUAAAGAUGCCGCACUGGCCCUCGCAGAGAGCACCACACGUGAGUCCAUCUUUGCGGAGAUGAAUAUCGGCGGAGGUUCGGGGAAUGCUCGCACAGUGAUGAGAUCUUGCUACUAUCUCGAGUGCCCUGAUGUGGUUUCUUUACACAAAGAGGAAGGUCUGGUUAACGCCAAUGAAUACCGCCCCUUCUGGAUCGACUACAAAGGGGGCGUGGUCAGGGUCGGUAAAGGAGGACAGGAGGAGGCUUUCUUGGAGUGGGAUGCCGGUGCACAUCACCAGCGAGUAGCAACUCAAGUACGUAUUGGUAUCGCUUCAUGGGCUAGCACCAACGGAGACUGGGUGUUUUACAAAUUCUGCGAAUGA